AUGAACACAUUACCUGUCGGAGACGCGUUCGAGACGGAGUUCGGGGGUUUCUCUGUUCCCCUGGAACACUCGUUUGAAGUCGAUGAUACAGCCAAGUUCCAGGUGCGCGGAGCGCUGGUGCUGAAGUCUGGCAGGGAGCCCGGCGUCUCACUAACUCAGAGUCAGCUGUCGGAGGAGGACAGAAGCAAACUGAAGGAAGUGGCAGCAGUUGACGGUCUUUACAAGAUCAGAGUGCCUCGUGUUUUUCUGCAAGCGGACAGACAGACGGAGUGGCAGUUGGACGGUUACCUCACAGCGUUUGUCAGAGCUUGUGCCAUGGUGGAGUCCCACCUGAGUGACGUGAUCACGCUCCACACAGACGUCUCCGGCUACCUCAUCGCCGUCUCCAUAGUAACGUUACCUGGAGCCUGCCGGGGCACUGAGGUGGAGGAUGAAGUUGAUCUGGAGGUUUUCAACACCACGCUGAGCAUCAUGGCUCCUGUCAAUGCCCCUGGACCUGAGACCGCUUUGUUCAUUGAACGAAUGGAACAAGAAACUGAGAAGAAAGGGAAGAAUCCACAAGAGCAGAAGUCAUUCUUUGCUAAAUAUUGGUAUUUGAUUCUUGGAGGUGCAAUCUUCCUCAUGGUCAGCAAUUCGGCACAACCCCCAGCAGGGGGAGGCAGAGAGCAGAGCUGAUUCCCACUGAAUGGAUGUACAUCGUGCCUCUCGUUCUCUUCCUGAUGAUGUCCGGCGCUCAGGACCAAUCAGGAGGCGGCGCUGGAGGCGGAGGCGGCAACGGCGGUGGCCGAUGAGCAAGAUGCCAACACCUGAUCUCUGAACA